GACCUACAAGGCUACAAUUACAAUCCCUCACGUUCCGGACCCCCACCCAACUACCGCAUGUGUGAAUCACACCCUUCUCUUAAAAUAAACGACGUCCACGACCAAAUUGCAAAUUGAGUCCAAGUCCAACCCUCCUCGGCGCCACCAAAAAGAAAAGAAAACGAUAAAAGGGAAGGGGAUAAGCUACUCAAACGAUACCACGAAAACCCCUCUCCUCUCGUCUCCUCCAACCCCCAUUCCCUGUCAAAGCUCUCUACAGAAACGGGGGCUGCUGUUGUAGUUGGGAGGAGUCGUUAGGAUUCAUUUCAUCAUCUGCCCAACCUUCCUGUUCCCUUGUUCUGUUCAUCGCCUUGUUCACUGCUCGAUUGUAAAGCUUCAACCUUUGACCUCAAAGCGAUGGCUUCUUCCACUGCCCAGAUUCACGCUCUCGGAGCUAUGGGGUUCGCCUCAUCUGGGUCAUCGAAGAAACCCACUUUCUCCUUCGCCCCGAAGACCGUCUUCCUCGGUCAAACCCUAGGGGGUUCGACGACGGCGGCGUUCCUAAGGUACAACGGCAGCGGGAGCACCAGGCGGAGGAGCUACGGGCCGUUGAGGGUUGUGAGCGAGAAAGUUGUGGGAAUCGAUUUGGGUACCACGAAUUCCGCUGUGGCGGCCAUGGAAGGAGGGAAGCCGACGAUUGUGACCAACGCGGAAGGGCAGAGGACCACGCCGUCCGUGGUGGCGUAUACCAAGAACGGGGAUAGGUUGGUGGGUCAAAUUGCCAAGCGCCAGGCCGUGGUGAACCCUGAGAACACUUUCUUCUCCGUGAAGAGGUUUAUCGGGAGGAAGAUGUUGGAAGUGGAUGAGGAAUCGAAGCAGGUUUCUUACAGGGUUGUGAGGGAUGAUAAUGGGAAUGUCAAGCUGGAUUGCCCUAUUUUGGGCAAGCAGUUUGCUGCUGAAGAGAUUUCAGCUCAGGUGUUGAGAAAGCUGGUUGAUGAUGCCUCCAAAUUUCUGAAUGACAAAGUGACCAAAGCUGUUGUCACAGUGCCGGCUUACUUCAAUGACUCUCAAAGGACAGCCACGAAGGAUGCUGGCCGUAUUGCUGGGCUAGAAGUCCUUAGGAUCAUUAACGAGCCUACAGCUGCUUCGUUAGCUUAUGGGUUCGAGAGGAAGAAUAAUGAGACCAUCUUGGUGUUUGAUCUCGGUGGUGGUACCUUUGAUGUUUCAGUUCUUGAGGUUGGUGAUGGAGUCUUUGAAGUGCUCUCUACCUCAGGAGAUACUCAUUUGGGUGGUGACGAUUUCGACAAGAGAAUUGUUGAUUGGCUUGCUGCCGACUUUGAAAGGAAUGAAGGUAUUAAGCUUUUGAAGGACAAGCAAGCUCUCCAAAGGCUGACUGAGACAGCUGAGAAAGCUAAAAUGGAGCUAUCAUCUCUUACUCAAGCUAACAUUAGUUUGCCAUUCAUUACCGCUACCGCUGAGGGCCCGAAGCACAUCGAAACCACCCUUACACGGGUGAAGUUUGAGGAGCUGUGCUCUGAUCUCCUAGAUAGGCUUAAAACUCCAGUUGAGAAUUCUUUGAGGGACGCCAAACUCACCUUCAAAGACUUAGAUGAAGUCAUUCUAGUUGGUGGGUCCACACGUAUUCCCGCAGUACAAGAGCUAGUGAAGAAGCUAACGGGGAAGGAUCCUAAUGUCACUGUAAACCCUGAUGAAGUCGUUGCUCUUGGUGCUGCCGUUCAGGCUGGAGUUCUGUCCGGCGAUGUUAGUGACAUUGUGUUGCUGGAUGUCACACCAUUAUCUAUCGGGCUGGAGACCCUCGGAGGAGUGAUGACAAAGAUCAUCCCAAGGAACACAACGCUGCCAACAUCCAAAUCAGAGGUGUUCUCAACCGCAGCAGAUGGGCAGACCAGCGUCGAGAUCAACGUCCUUCAAGGCGAGCGAGAGUUUGUGAGGGACAACAAGUCUUUGGGAAGCUUCCGUUUGGACGGUAUCCCACCGGCACCACGUGGUGUUCCUCAGAUCGAGGUCAAGUUCGACAUUGAUGCCAAUGGGAUCCUCUCAGUCACUGCUGUUGAUAAGGGCACCGGGAAGAAGCAGGAUAUUACAAUCACUGGUGCCAGCACUCUGCCUAGUGAUGAGGUCCAGAGAAUGGUACAAGAAGCCGAGAGGUUUUCCAAGGAGGACAAGGAGAAGAGAGACGCGAUCGACACCAAAAACCAGGCAGAUUCAGUGGUGUACCAGACCGAGAAGCAGCUGAAGGAGCUUGGCGACAAGGUCCCAGCUCCAGUCAAAGAGAAGGUCGAGGCCACGCUCCAAGAACUCAGGGACGCGAUUGCUGGAGGAUCCACUCAGACGAUAAAAGACGCGAUGACCACACUCAACCAAGAAGUGAUGCAACUCGGGCAGUCUCUCUACAGCCAGCAGGGCUCUCCAUCUGCCGGCGGUGAAGGUCCAGCUCCUGGAGGUGAAUCUGGUCCAUCCGAUUCGUCUUCGACAAAGGGUCCCGAUGGCGAUGUAAUCGAUGCUGAUUUCACCGACAGCAAAUGAGAUUGACUCUUGCCUUAGUUUAAGAGGGUUUUUCUUUUGGUUGAACUCUGGGGGGAAAGCUUGGGUGGAAACUGGAUCGUAGAAGAGAACUCGGUCAACACCCUUUUCUUUUUUUUCUUUGCCUGGUUUGUUUGAUCAUGUUAUCUGCAACUCAAUUUUGGUGCAUACAAAGACUCGGGGUAGUUGUUUUGAUUGAAUGGAACAAUACAGGAGGGAUAGUUCGAAGAUGAACAACGAUAGGUGGGUAGUAGAUUUGGUUUUCAUGCUGGUAUCUCAUCUCUGGUUCAUUUUGCAUUGAGCAAUGGUUGAAAUUCAAGUUUACAAGCAGCCAGAGGUGAUGUUCUUGUUGAUCAAAUUCAAGGUCGACAACUGAAAUCUUUCUUGGACAAUCAAUUCCUAAAGAACACCACAAACUCUAGCCCGAUUGGGAUGAAAAACAACUCAUGCCACACAUGGUUAAGUUGCUGGCGUUUCUUUCCAACGUCUGGGAAAUGAACCACAAAUAAUUGGCAAAGUGCAUGUGAGAUAUUUGUGCAAGGAUUGGGUGGUGCAUAUGGAUUCCAUGAUGCAUGUGAAUGUCAAAUUAUUUAUACACUUAUCACAAAUUAGGCCAACAAAUUUUGUGUAUUAGGAAAAAAGGUAUGAGAGCAAGAAAAAACUAAAAAGUGGUGGUUUGGGAAAAAGUUUUAAAAAUAAUUGGUGGCAUGUGAAGGCAUAUCUAAGAAAUCUUUUCCUUGGUUGAUAUUUGCUAAUAGGUCAUGAUACUAAUUUACUUUUAAAUCAAAAUAUUAAAAAAUAUGAUUACAUAAUCGAUUAAGUAGUAUUAUUCAAGGAUGUAGCUUUGACUAAUUAGUCUGGUAAGAUGUCUAGAACAUACUCCGUUCAAAAAAAUCAAUAUUGUACCGCUCAUUAUAAAUUUUUGCGAUCAUUUAUUAGUGGCUUUCUUUUCGAUUCAAUUCAAUCUAACGAAGAGUCUUAAUUAAUUAAUUAAUUGUAACUUUAGUUUUAUUUGCUAUGUCGAUUCAUCAAUGUCCACAAAUUAACGGAAUUAUGAAAC